AUGGAUACACACUACCCUACUCGACCCGUAGAUCGUGAAAAAGCAGAACAUGAACUUGCUCUCACCAUAAAAAAGGCCACAAGUUCUGAUGAAACUGCUCCAAAACAGAAACAUGUUCGAAAGUGCAUUGUAUAUACAUGGGAUUAUCAUACUUCGGAGUCGAUUUGGACUGGACUCAAAGUUUUACCAAUUUUAACCGACGAAGUGCAAACCUUUAAAGCCUUAAUAACGGUACACAAAAUUAUCAGAGAUGGUCACCCUUCCGCUUUGAAAGAAGCAUUAAAUCAAACUAAUUGGCUAGACUCUUGUUACCGUACCAUCAAUGGAGAUGGUGUGCGAGGUUAUGGUGUACUUAUUCGUGCUUAUGUCGAAUUUCUCAAGGCUAAACUGGAUUAUCAUCGCCAUCACCCGGAAUUUAAUGGAAAUUUUGAUUAUGAAGAUUAUAUUAGUUUAAAAAAUGUGGACGACCCUAAUGAAGGAUACGAGACUAUCAGCGAUUUAAUGACUUUACAGGAUCAAAUUGAUCAAUUUCAAAAAUUGGUUAUUGCACAAUUUCGAGGUUUAUCAAAUAACGAGUGUCGUAUAGCUUCUCUCGUGCCAUUAGUAGAGGAGAGCCAUGGCAUUUACAAAUUUUUAACCAGUAUGCUUCGAGCCAUGCAUAAACGUACUGAUGCUAUAGAUGCACUAGCGCCUCUUAGAACACGAUAUAAUGCUCAACAUUAUGCUCUAUUGAAGUUCUAUUAUGAUUGCUCUAAUUUGAAAUAUUUGACGAGUUUAAUUACCGUACCAAAACUACCACAGGAUCCCCCUACUCUGAUCGACAGUAGUGUGCCACCUGUACCAAAACGUCCCCAAUCAAAGUCACCCGCGCCAUCUUCUUAUGCAGAACCUGAACCUAUAACAGAAUUCUGGAAAGAAAGUGAGGCUCAAAAGCAAGAACUAGAGAGGCAAAAACAAUUAUACGAAGAGCAACAAAGGCAACUUACACAACAACGUGAACUUGAGCUUCAAAGACAGCGUGUGAUGGAAAUGCAACGGCAGAGGGAAAUAGAAGAACAACAACGAUUGCAGCAGGAAAGGGAAAGAUUGGCCAGAGAACAGUUGCUUAGUGAACAAAUACAAAGGCAAGCUGAAGGAAGACUUGCUGAAUUGGAAAGAGAACUUUUAAACAAAAAAAGUCAGGUUGAACGCGAUCAAAUGAUGUUGGAGCAAUAUGACAGAAGGGUUAAGGCUCUCGAGAAUGAAAUGAGUAAAUUAAAUUUGAAUGCACAACAACAGAUUAGGUCCAAGGACGAAAUGAUUAAAAAUUUACAAGAUCAAAUCCUAAUGUGGAGGAAUAAAUACGAAGCUCUUGCUAAACUCUAUUCACAAUUACGUCAGGAACAUCUUGAUCUUAUUAACAAGUUCAAAGCCGCUCAGCUCAAAGCAAAUUCUGCACAAGAAGCAAUUGACAAGAUGGAAAGAAUGGAGCGUGAUAUGCGUUCUAAGAACCUAGAGUUGGCAGACAUGAUAAGAGAGAGAGAUCGUGCAAGACAUGAAUUGGAUCGAUUAAAGAGUAGUCAACGUGAAGAUUUAGAGAGGGUCAGACGCGAACUUACAGAAGCGAAUGCUAAAGUUGAUGAGCUUUCUCGUUCAAAGAACAAUGAAAUUAGUUCCUUGAUGUCUAAAUUUAACAAAGAAAAACAGGAAUUGGAAGAUUCGAUAAGAUCCAAGCAAUUAUAUGUCGAUGAUUUAUUGAGACAAUUGGAAAGCAAGAAACAUGAAAUCGAGCAAGUGACACAGUCCACAUCAGAAUCAGAAAAAUAUCAAGUUAAACUUGAUAAUGUGAUGCUUGACAACAUCAGAAACUUAAAUGAUAUUCUUGACAGUAUAUUUCAAACAUGUAUUCAAAAGAUUGAUGAUAGUUUGUAUGAAUUGGAAUCUCCAAUGCAAACUGGCAAUCAAAAUUCAACCCCAGAAUAUACCUUAUCAAUGAUAGAGAAGGCAACAACUGAGACUUCGGAAUUCUCUUCUUCUCUUAAAAAAUUUUUACAAAGCAAUCGGACAAAAGAUCAUACUGAAGUGAUCAAGUCUGCUACAAAUUUCUCACAAGCAAUUUCCGAAGUGCUGGUAAAUGCCAAAGGUACUAUACGUCUUGCAGACGAAGAUGAUGAAAUAACAGAUGAAAUUAUCGGGGCUUCCAAAAUGGCUGCAAAUAUAUCUCAACAGUUCUUAUUGAAUGUGCAAUCGUUCAAGCUCGACAAUUUGUCAGAAUCACAAAGAAUUGAGUUAGUAUUGCAAAGUGAUAAGAAUGUUCAAAAUGCUCUGCAAAAGGUCUCUAAAGUAGUCGAAGGUAUGUUGAGACAUAAUCUAGAUGUUACUAACAAGGCCGAUGGUGAAAUUGGCAAUUUAGUAGAACAGGAGAUGAUGAAUGCAGCCAAAGUAAUUGAGGCAGCCACUGCAAGAAUUCAAGCUUUGAUGUUACGACCACGAGAUACUGGGCUCUCUGCCACUGAACUUAACGUGCAUGAUGCAAUCCUAGAAUCUGCAUUGGCUGUCACUAAUGCUAUUGCAAAUUUAAUACGGUGCGCUACUGCUUCCCAACAGGAAAUUGUUGCACAAGGACGUGGCUUGAGUAGUACUGCUGCUUUUUACAAAAAGAACAAUAGAUGGACGGAGGGUCUUAUCUCCGCAGCAAAAGCCAUUGCAGUUGCCACAAAUCUUCUCAUAGAAAUUGCUGAUGGGGUCAUUCACGGCACUCGUUCUCUUGAACAACUUAUUGUCGCUUCAAAUGAGGUUGCAGCUGCAACAGCACAGCUUGUAGCAGCUUCAAGAGUUAAAGCAGAUUUUAUGUCAAAGACACAGGAUCGGCUGGAGACAGCAUCCAAAGCCGUCACUGAAGCCUGUAAAGCUCUUGUAAAAGCCGUGAAAGCUAUUGCAGCUAAACAAAUGGAGGGAGAACAAAUUAACUACUUUGAACUGACCCCUCAUGAUUUUAAGGUCAAAGAGAUGGAGCAACAA